GCUGAAGCCCCGCCCCCUCUGAAGGUUGACCGUUGGAGCCGCCGCCAUUUUAGGAGGACGACGAGGCAGCGGCGGAGAGGAAUGAAGGAAAAAGAAAGAGGGCAAUAAGGACUCUUUGGAGCGACCUCUUUGAUGCAGUAAGGAAACCAAUAAUACAGGAAAUAGAAAUCCUGUCAUGGUGAUGAUCUUGCUGAAUUCUUGACUCCACUUAACAGAUAAUAAAGGAAGAAAGAAGAGUCAAGUAUCUGUAUUGCAAUUACAGACUGCUCUGAGUACCCUUUGGGGUGAGAAAGGGGGUAUAAAUACAGAGAAUAAUACAUAAAUUAAUUAAACACCCAUAUCACUGUUGACAUGGAGGAAAAAGCAUCUAAAUGCCUGGAGUGUGGAAAGAGUUUUGCUCACAGUUCAGGUCUACGUGCACAUCAAAGGACUCACACUGGGGAGAAACCCUAUGAAUGCCUGGAGUGUGGAAAGAGCUUCAAUCAGAAGGGAAAUCUAAAUAAACAUCAAAGGAUUCACACUGGGGAGAAACCCCAUGAAUGCCUGGAGUGUGGAAAGAGCUUCAUUAUGAGAGGAGACCUUCGUAAACAUCAAAGGAUUCAUUCAGGGGAAAAACCCUAUAAAUGCCUGGACUGUGGACAGAGCUUCACUGGGAGUGGAAAUCUACGUUCACAUCAAAGAACUCACACUGGGGAGAAACCCUAUCAAUGCCUGGAGUGUGGAAAGAGCUUCACUCAAAGUGGAAAUCUACGUAACCAUCAAAGGAUUCACAGUGGGGAGAAAUCCUAUGAAUGCCUGGAGUGUGGAAAGAGCUUCACUCAGAAGGGAAGUUUACAUUCACAUCAAAAGACUCACAGUGGGGAGAAAACCUAUGUUUGCCCGGAGUGUGGACAGAGCUUCACUCAGCAGCCAGGUCUACGUUCACAUCUGAGGACUCACACUGGGGAGAAACCCUAUAGAUGCCUGGAUUGUGGAAAGGGCUUCAUUCGUAGUGAGCAUCUACGUAACCAUCAAAGGAUUCAUACUGGGGAGAAACCCUAUGAAUGCCUGGAGUGUGGAAAGGGCUUUGCUCAAAAUGGAGACUUACUUUCGCAUCAAAGGAUUCACACUGGGGAGAAACCCUAUAAAUGUCUUGAGUGUGGACAGAGCUUCACUCAUAGUUCAACUCUACAUAAACAUCAAAAGACUCACACUGGGGAGAAACCCUAUAAAUGCCUUGAGUGUGGACAGAGUUUCACUCAUAGUUCAACUCUACAUACACAUCAAAUGACUCACACUGGGGAGAAACCCUUUAAAUGCCUGGAAUGUGGACAGAGCUUCGCUCGUAGUUCAAAUCUACGUUCACAUCAAACUACUCACACUGGGGAGAAACCCUAUGAGUGCUUGGAGUGUGGGAAGAAGUUCAUUGACAGGUCAAAUCUACAUAGGCAUCAAAGGACUCACACUGGAGAGAAACCCUACACAUGCCCAGAGUGUGGACAGAGUUUUACUCGUAGUUCAGGUCUACAUAAACAUCAGAUGACUCACACUGGGGAGCAACCUUAUGAAUGCUUGGAGUGUGGGAAGAAGUUCAUUGACAGGUCAAAUCUACAUAGGCAUCAAAGGACUCACACUGGAGAGAAACCCUACACAUGCUUGGAGUGUGGAAAGAGCUUCACUUCUGGUGGAAGUCUACAAAUACACCAAAGGACUCACACUGGGGAGAAACCCUAUAAAUGCCUGGAGUGUGGGAAGAGCUUCACUCAAAGUGGAGACCUUUGUAGACAUCAAAGGAAGCACACUGGGGAGAAACCCUUUAAAUGCCUGGAGUGUGGACGGUGCUUCAUUGAUAGUGGACUCCUACGUAAACAUCAAAGGACUCACAUUGGAGAGAAACCCUAAUCAUCCCUGGAAUGUGGACAGAACUUCACUCAUAGUUCAAGUCUAUAUAGACAUCAAAGGACUCACACUGGGGAGAAACCUGAUAAAGACAUAGCAUAGAAUCAUAGAAUAAUAGAGGUAGAAGAGGCCACACGAGCCAUCUAAUCCAACCCUGCUGCGAUUUUAUAUGCUUUUAUGAAUGUAACCAAAAUUGUUUUAAUAUUAAUUAUGUUUACUGCUUCCACGUUUUCUCCCUCUAUUUGCCAGUUAUCAAUCAGUCUGGUUGCCAUCGUCUUGGUUUUCUUGAUUUUGAACUGCAACCCAGCUUUUGCACUUUCUUCUUUCUUUCUCCUUGGUGAUAAGGCUCCUCGGCUCCUCGCUUUCAGCCAUCAAAGUGGUAUCAUCUGCAAAUCUAAGGUUGUUAAUGUUUCUUCCAGCAAUUUUAACUUCAGCCUUGGAUUCCUCAAGCCCCACACGUAUGUCGCAUGAUGUGUUCUUCAUACAAGUUGAGAGAGUGAGAGGAUACAGCCUUUCCAUACUCCUUUCCCAAUCUUGAACCAGUCUGUUGUUCCGUGGUCUGUUCUUGCCGUUGCUUCUUGGUCGUUAUACAGAUUCCUCAGGAGACAGACAAAGUGACUUGGUAUCCCCAUACCACCAAGAACUUGCUACAAUUUAUUAUGAUCCACAUAGUGAAAGACUUUAGAAUAGUCAAUAAAACAGAAAUACAGUAGAAUCUCACUUAUCCAACAUUCACUUAUCCAACGUUCUGGAUUAUCCAACGCAUUUUUGUAGUCAAUGUUUUCAAUACAUCCUGAUAUUUUGGUGCUAAAUUCGUAAAUACAGUAAUUACAACAUAACAUUACUGCGUAUUGAACUAUUGAACUACUCCCCCAAUUAACUUCUCUGAAUGCCUACUGCGUGUGUCUCUCACACAUCUCAUUGUUGACACAGUCUGGUAGAAUCAUAGAAUAGUAGAGUUGGAAGAGACCCCAUGGGCCAUCCAGUCCAACCCCCUGCUAAGAAGCAGGAAAUCUCAUUCAAAGCACCCCCGACAGAUGGCCAUCCAGCCUCUGCUUAAAAGCCUCCAAAGAAGGAGCCUCCACCACAGUCCAGGGGAGGGAGAGAGUUCCACUGUCGAACAGCUCUCACAAUGAGGAAGUUCUUCCUGAUGUUCAGGUGGAAUCUCCUUUCCUGUAGUUUGAAGCCAUUGUUCCCUUGUGUCCUAGUCUGCAGGGCAGCAGAAAACAAGCUUGCUCCCUCCUCCCUAGGACUUCCCCUCACGUAUUUGUACAUGGCUAUCAUGUCUCCUCUCAGCCUUCUCUUCUGCAGGCUAAACAUGCCCAGCUCUUUAAGCCGCUCCUCAAAGGGUAAUUCUUGCAUACCUUUGUGUUACGCCCCCAAGACCUCAUGGCAUCUUCUUUGAUAUUAGAUGAAGAUGGAGAUCAAACCAAAUCUGUAUUUAGCUUUAUUCAGUCUAGACCCCAACCUUUCUAUCUAGAAAAUGUAGUUCUUUUGUGUUUUUUCAAUGAACCUUUUGAAACUUUUAAGGCCACACCGUUGCCUCCAGCUGUGUGAUAGCAGUGCAGUGCUUUGUCUUUUAAAUGCUUACUUGCUGUUUUGUUCCAUAACGCUCAGAGGGUUCCUCCCUGUGACGGCGCGAGUGGUGCCAUCUAUAUGUCGAACUGUACGUUGCAAGAUUUGAAAUGUUGUAUCAUGCCUGAUUUUGCCUUUACGAAAAAAAACCCUGUGAAUGUAGUUGGAUUGAUUGGUUAUUUAUAGCUGUCAAUCAAUGUUGUUUGCACCAGUUAUAUUGCUUCCUCAGUUCAAUUGUUUCGCUUUACCACUUCCUGGAGUAGGACAGUGUUUCCUUUUUUCAUUCCACCAUCAAGCUUUCUACCAGAUGGAUGUGUGAGAGAGAUUUGGCUCUAAAAGCCCUUGAUUAAGUUACCUCUCAGCAGCAGUUCUGAGGUUCUUACCCUUGAGACUUCAUGCUUCAUGUUCAGGGCCAACCUGGACAACAUUGAAGAGUCUCAAGGGCCUUCAAAUCAGUUCUUUGGCACCAAAGGAAGACUGCGUCUUCAAACAUAGGCCAUUUGAACUGAGGCUGAGGUUUGCUCUGGCAUUCACAGCCAUUGAGAAAGAGGGACCUGGAAAAGCUUCUCAGCUACAGAGCUCCUUAGACUUAAGACAACCAAAGACUGUAAUGUAUAUUUUCCUUUACCCCUUUGAAACUUCCAGCUUAUUGCUUUAAAGAGAUAACCUUUUGUGAACAAUAAAACCAGUUUUUGAGUUA